UUGGGGGAACCUUUGGAACCCGAGUGGUGUUUUCCAUACGGAACUUAAGCACAGACGGAGCGUAAAUGUACUGUUCUCGGCUUGUUGUCUCCUACGAGGAGAAGAAGCUUCAACUGCAGAAUGGCGUCUUAAAGAGUUCGACUUUGAGUUUCGUGUGUUACUAAACCAUCGCCAGUAUGGAUUGGGGACGCCUAACUGGACUCAGCGGGGUCCUGUGUUCCUUGUCCCUGCUCUCUGUCAUCAUGGACCUACAGCUGGACGGCGUCUUGGGGGCAACUCGAGGCGAGAUUGAGUAUCACUUGGAAAUGGGCCGCAAACUUUUGGCAGCCGGUCAGCUGGCUGAAGCCUUGUCCCAUUACCACUCUGCUGUGGAUGUGGAUUCGAAAAACUACCUGACGUACUACAAACGCGCCGCCGUGUUCUUGGCCAUGGGCAGGUCGCGAUCUGCCCUCCCCGACCUGACCAGGGCCAUCCAGCUCAAGCCCGACUUCCUCGCCGCCCGGAUGCAGAGGGGGAACAUCCUUCUGAAACAAGGCAAUGCGCAGGAGGCCCACGACGACUUUGAAGCUGUGGUGAGCACCGGACCAGGUUUUUGUCCUGGCUUCAAUAGAGGCAGUUUUUGUACCUCUCUUGUUUUUCUCGCUCGACAGCUCCGGCCAUCUCCGGAUCACGCGGACGCAUUGGAGCAACUGGCGAAAGCCGAAGACCUGGAGGAGCUGCAAGAGGACGCCCGGGCCGCAUACCACCAGGGCAACUACGGCGGCGCCAUCUUGGCGCUGGAGCGAGUCAUUGAGAUCUCGCCUUGGGAUCCCGAGAUGCGGGAGCUCCGCGCCGACUGCUACCUCCGCACCGGGGACCCGCAGAAGGCCAUCCAGGACCUGGCGCCCACCACCCGGUUGCGCAACGACAACCGCGCCGCAUUCCUCAAGCUCAGCCUGCUGCAUUACAGCCUGGGGGAGCACCAUGAGUCUCUUAACCAAGUCCGAGAGUGUCUGAAGCUGGACCAGGACGACAAGGAUUGCCUGGGCCAUUACAAGCAAGUGAAGAAGCUCAGCAAGCAGUUGGACUCGGCUGAGGAGCUCAUCCAGGGGGAAAGGUGCCAGGACGCCAUUGAGAAGUAUGAGGGUGUGAUGAAGGCGGAGCCACAUGUGCCACACUACACCAACCUAGCCAAGGAGCGGAUCUGCUUCUGUCUCGUCAAGCUCAAGUCAGCCACGGACGCCAUCGACGUGUGCUCCGAGGCGCACCAGAGAGACCCGCGCAACGCCAAAAUCCUGCGCGACCGCGCCGAGGCCUUCAUCCUCAACCAGGACUACGAGAAAGCCGUGGAGGACUACCAGGAGGCGCAGGAGUUUGACGGCGACAGCAACGACAUCCGAGAAGGGCUGGAGCGAGCCCGGAAGCUGCUCAAGCUCUCCCGCAAGAGAGACUACUACAAGAUCCUUGGAGUGAGCCGGGCGGCCAACAAGCAGGAGAUCAUCAAGGCGUACAGGAAGCUGGCACAGCAGUGGCACCCUGACAACUUCCAGUCGGAGAACGAGAAGAAGGAGGCGGAGAAGAAGUUCAUCGACAUUGCGUCGGCCAAGGAGGUCCUCACCGACCCAGAAAUGAGGCAGAAGUUUGACGCAGGCGAGGAUCCAUUGGAUCCGGAGAACCAACAGCAGCAGGGCGGCGGACACAACGGCCACGCCUGGCCUUUUCCCUUCAACCCCUUCGAGUCAGGAGGCAGCUUCCACUUCAAGUUCCAGUAAAAGACGACACCGUGCGCCGUCACGGUGAGGACUUUUUGGUUCAAACAAAAAUGGCUGACAGACUUAAAAACUGCAAAGUUCACUUUGUUUUGCCUCUCGGAGUUUUUUUUCUUGUUUUUUUUUUUUUUUUUUAAACCAAUUUGUUCAAAAGACUGACGUCAUCAAACGGAGAACCGAAUGCUGAGUGACAAGUAUUCUCUUUUUCCUCAUUUCAAAAUGUGCACUUUUAUUUUCAUAAGCACUCUUUUCUGAUCAAAGGCUGUGUGAUUGCAACUCAUGCCAAGCUGAAAGUGUCUUAGGAAUAUGACUGACGCUUCAAAGUACAGUGAGAGGCGGGAUGUUAGGCCGAUUUACUCGGAAAACUUCGAAGUUACGGUAGCGCUGUACUUAUUUCUUAAAGAACACACUAUUUACACUGUAAUUUAUGAAAGAGAGCAUAAGUUAUUUAUUGAGAUUGUUUUGUUUGUGUUUUUGCAUUUUCUGUUGCCAAUCUCAUGCAGGGGCUCAACUGUAUGAAACUGAUCCCUAAAACAAAAAUGUUACUGAUGACUGCGUUGUACGUAAAAAGCAAGUUGGAGCCGAUCCCAGGUGGAAACACCCUCGACUGGUUGCCAACCAAUCGUAGGGCAGUAUAAUUUUUUUUUUUCCCCAACUCUUCCUUCUAUAGGGAUAACUGGAGUUUUUGACUGCAAAAACAAUAAAGCUCCAUGUUCU